GGGCGGGGCUCUGCGAUUGGCUGGCGGGCUCUUCCGGAGCGAGGCGGCUCCAGAGUUGGAAGGAUGGCGGCCAUGGCCGGGCUGCUCCCGCUUGUGCUGCUGGGGAUGGCGCGGUGGAGCGGAGCCCUGGAGAACGGCCUGGCCCGCACGCCGCCCAUGGGCUGGCUCCACUGGGAGCGCUUCCUCUGCCAGACCGACUGCGGGCAGGAGCCACUCCAGUGCGUCAGCGAGAGGCUGUUUAUGCAGAUGGCGGAUCUGAUGGUGUCCGACGGGUGGAAAGACAUAGGCUACGAAUACCUGUGUAUUGAUGACUGCUGGAUGGCUCCCACCCGGGAUGAGCAGGGCAGGCUGCAGCCCGACCCCAAACGCUUUCCCAGUGGGAUCGGCAAACUGGCCGACUAUGUCCAUUCCAAAGGGCUGAAGCUGGGCAUCUACGCAGACGUUGGGAACAAGACGUGUGCUGGUUUCCCUGGCAGUUUUGGCUCCUACCAGCUGGACGCAGAGACCUUUGCCAACUGGGGAGUGGACUUGCUGAAGUUCGACGGCUGUUCCUUUGGCACCUUGGAGCUCCUGGCAGAAGGCUAUAAAACCAUGUCUCAGGCUUUGAAUAAAACCGGGAGAAGCAUUGUCUACUCAUGUGAAUGGCCGCUCUAUGAGAGACCCAUGCAGGAGCCCAACUACACAGAGAUCAAACAGUACUGCAAUUACUGGAGGAAUUAUGCCGACAUCUACGAUGCCUGGAACAGCGUCAAAAAUGUCUUGGAUUGGACGUCUUACCACCAGGACAGCCUUGUGGACAUUGCUGGACCAGGAGGCUGGAAUGACCCAGAUAUGCUGGUGAUUGGGGACUUUGGGCUGAGCUGGGACCAGCAAGUGACUCAAAUGGCACUCUGGGCCAUCAUGGCCGCCCCCCUCCUCAUGUCCAACGACUUGCGCCGGAUAAAUCCCCAGGCUAAGGCCCUGCUCCAGAACAAGGAUGUGAUCGCCAUCAACCAGGAUCCACUGGGCAAGCAAGGAUACCGGAUUACAAAGGAUAACUACUUUGAGCUGUGGGAGCGGCCCCUCUCCGGAGGCGCAUUUGCCAUUGCGGUGGUGAACCGGCAGGAGAUCGGGGGCCCACAGGCCUUUGCCUUCUCCACUGCCAUCCUUGGGAACGGCUUGGCUUGCAACCCCACUUGCUCCAUCCAGCAGAUCCUCCCCAAGAGCAGAGACUGGGGCCUGCACAACUGGAUCUCAUUCCUGAAAGUAGUGGUGAACCCGACUGGCACCGUGCUGCUGCGGACGGUGGUGAAUAAGGAGGCACUUAUGUUUGACCAAGGAACCAAGCGCUCCCAGGACAUCUUAUAAGGUGCCCUAAAAUCCAGGAAACUUUGGUAUACUAUCUCCUUACUUCCCUCUUUCGGACAUCUAAAUCUCAAAGGGAAAACAUCUUUCUAAUCUGGAUUCCAUAGCAACAAACUUGGGUACUUUUUGAUUGUGCUUUUCCUGCAGGCAGGUAUGACUUAAAUAGCCAAUGUGGUCUCUUCCAACUCUGUGAAACUUUCUGGGCAAAAGGGGCUGAUCAGUCCCACAAACUGGUCCCAGGAAAGAGAUCAUUAAAACCUCCCAGAUCUUUAUGUUGCUACCUCAUUGGGAGAAUGUAGGAAAUUAGAUGCAGAUUUUGUCAAAGAUCCCUAGGCAGGCCUGUAUUCUUCCCCUAGCGUGAUAUACUAUAGGAAGGUAUGUCAGGCUGUGCAUUGUACCAAAAAUGUAGGAAGCUGCAAAGUUGUAAGGCAGCUCCUUGAACAUGAGUCAUGCCCAGUAAAGACAACCACAGAUUCUAAGGGUUUUUGAGAGUUGACUUUGAGCCUUUUAUUCUAGCUAAUGGCUGGAACUUAAUUGUUACUUUAAACUUCCCAGCCACUUAGAACAAAACCAUAGGUGCCUGGCUGCUUAGGGCCAAUUUAGACUGGGGGGGAGGGGCAUUUUGGAUCAGGACUGUGGUUGCUUAAAUGGUUUGUCCCCUCUCCCAAAUGACCGUUUGCUUUAGGACGUGCCUCUCAACAUCACUCCUUACCUGACUAUGUUGCUGGCAAUAGACAGGGGAAGCGAAGGAAGACUAUUUGGUAGGAUUCACAAUUGUGUGUAUUGAGUUGCUGCUGACUGGAUGAAGAAAAUUUAUGAUGGACACAAUGAAGACACUUGACUUAAAAUAAUGGCAAACAAACAUAUAUGUCAUGAUUGUUUCUAUUUUAUGAAAUAAAAUGUUUUCCUUUCA